CCUCCUCCUCUUCCUCUUCCUCUGGACGCGUUAACGCUCUGGGAAUAGUCGUUAGAAACGCUCGGAGGGAAGGAGUGCCAAGCUGGGUCGGCGACACGGGAGGGCUUUUGUUUUGUUUUCACGGGUCGUGCGACACAAUCUAUCGCAUCAGACCUUUUGACGCGCGCGCAAAGACAAAGGAAACCCCAAAGUUGACUUCUGUGGCGCGUUGGGAGACUCGUGGUCCGCGCGACGUCACCGCGCGUCCACCGUUGGCUUUUACGCAUCGAGCUGCAAGCGACGAAAAAAUACUUUGGAGACAUUUUUCCUUAUCUCUUUUAUAAUUUCUCCACGACUGCUGCACCUGAGCCGUGGCCGUGUUGUCGCCACGGAGCCCGGUGCGGUCCGGUCCAACACUUCACGAUUUAAUGCUCAUCACUUCGAGUCAUUUGGGCUUUUUUUCUUUACCAAAACGCUCCAGUCUCAUUUUCGAAACGGACUAAGUUGGUUCGUUCGCAGUUGAGAGGGAGGCGCGGUUCUUGUGUUUUUCCAUUGUGAACUGCAGCAUGUUGAUUUAAAAAGCCACCCGCUCCGUGACCUGUGAUUGCUUCCAACAGGAGCCAUUUUUAAGUCUGAGUUACAAUCCCGUGUGAGUCACUCGCCAGGAGCUGCUCGACCGGCUCUGCGCCGCAGCCCCAACCUCGGCACAUCCUCUUUUCUUCUUUCUUUCUUUCUUUUUUGUUGUUGUCGCAUUUCUUUUCCUUCCCCCGAUGGUCCUCACAACCUCCACAGCCAUGACUGCCCGUGCGUCUUGCUCGGGCCGCGGUGGAUGCGCCGCGGCCCGGGUCCUCCUCGCCGUGUCCGUGCUGCUGCUCGGCUCGGCCGGGAGCGGGCGGGGAGCCGCCGCCGAGCCGGCCGGGGACAGGGCGCCGGCGCCGGCGGUCACCCUCCGGACCCUGCUCGCGGGAACCUGCCAGGAGGUCCAGCGGCACGUGGAGUCCGUGGUGGGAACCGGCGUGCUGCGGUCAGCUGCUGAGAGGGCUCUGUCGUGUCUUGAGUCAUUUCUGGGUCAGGAGAAGGUCCACUCGGUUGCCAUGUUCUUUGGGAUGGUGAUCCGAUUCCUGGCUGAAGGAGCUGCCAGCGGCCUGAAUGUCAUUGCCGUUUACGUCACUGAGAUCCUCAGGGUGACAGGAUUCGAUGUUGCAAAGACGUUGCCCCGAUUUACCCCAGAGGGUGUGACCUCCUUCGCCCAGUGGGGCCUCCUGGCCCUCAUCGGCUACUGGGUGCUGAUCGUCGUUCUCCGUCUGCUGUUUGCGGUGUUCAGGCAGGUGUUCUGGGUGGUGAAAACCGUCUUGGCGCUCUGGCUCUUCGGACUGAUAGUGACUGACAGGACUGCCGCCGCAGACAUCACGGCGGUUCGACUGGUCGGCCUCGUGCUGGUGUGUGCCCUGUUGACUCUGCUCUCUUCGGCCUCUGAAAAGUCGUGUGCAGUGGAACACCGGCUGAGCUGCCUGGAGGGCAGGCUGAAGGCAGUGGAGAAGAGGAAAGGGGAUUAGUGAGGGGAGAGGGUGGAUCGGACGGAGUAAAGACGAAGAAAGGUGAUGGUGAUGUGGAGUAAGAAAAUUGUAUCAUUGACGGUUUCUAAAUGUGUCAAACUAUUAUGGCAAAUAAAGUAAUCUCUGGGAUUUUUUAAAUCUGGAA